UUAUACACUAAUUUUUUAAAAAUCCACGCCUAGUAAUAAAUUCCAAUUUUUUUUAACUCAGUAAUAAAUUCCAUUUUUUAUUAAAAGUUUAUUUCAUAGAAGUACUUUUUUUUUUAUGUGAUAAAAGAAAAACUGAAGAAGGCCAAUGAAAAAUGAAGAUCCCAAAGACAUAAAAAGUGACAAAAGAGAAGAAUAAAGAAAGACCAACAACACCACUUGGGGGAGGCUCCCAUACACAAAACGAAGGCGCGAAUUUCAAGGACUCUUCUCGACGACCAAACCACAUAAAACACUCUUACCAGAAUUUGUGUUGUCUUCGUUCAUUUCCUUCUCCUCUUCUUCUUCUUCUUCGUCGUAAUUUUGAUUGUUUCUUUGCGAAAAGUCGUUUUUUUAAUCAAGUCUGAAUCACGUUUUAUUGAUCUACACUCGCGUGGGUUCUCCGUUUCGUGCUUAGAUCAGAGAGCUCCCUCCCGUGAUUCCGAGCUUUAAGGUCGGAAAUGGCGGCUCAUGUUUCUACUGGAAACAUUCAUAAUUUCUAUCUUGCGGGGCAGGUUUACAGGGGACAAGCUUUUUCAUGGAGUUCUGCUUCUACUUUCAUGGCAAAUCCAUUCAAAGAGCCCUCUUGGUCAAGUGGGGUAUUUAAGGCUCUAAAAGCUGAGAGAUGUGGUUGUUACUCUCGUGGUAUUUCCCCCAUCAGUGAGACCUCAAAACCUAUCAGGGCUGUUUCGGUAUCUUCUUCAACAAAGUAUUAUGAUUUCACUGUGAUUGGUAGUGGAGUAGCGGGUCUGCGUUAUGCUUUAGAAGUUGCAAAGCAAGGAACAGUCGCAGUGAUUACCAAAGAUGAGCCUCAUGAGAGUAACACAAACUAUGCUCAAGGUGGUGUUAGUGCUGUGUUAUGCCCUUUGGAUUCUGUUGAAAGUCAUAUGCGGGACACUAUGGUCGCUGGUGCUCAUCUUUGUGAUGAAGAAACCGUAAGAGUUGUGUGUACUGAAGGGCCUGAAAGGAUUCGUGAACUGAUUGCAAUGGGAGCAUCAUUUGAUCACGGCGAGGAUGGAAAUUUGCAUUUGGCCAGAGAGGGUGGUCACUCGCAUUGUAGGAUCGUUCACGCUGCUGAUAUGACAGGAAGAGAGAUUGAGAGAGCUUUACUUGAAGCUGUACUUAAUGAUCCCAACAUAUCUGUCUUCAAACACCAUUUUGCAAUCGAUCUGCUCACUUCUCAGGAUGGCUUGAACACAGUUUGUCAUGGUGUGGACACUUUGAAUAUCAAAACUAAUGAGGUAGUACGCUUUAUAUCGAAGGUGACAUUGCUUGCUUCAGGUGGAGCUGGGCAUAUCUAUCCAUCAACCACAAAUCCUCUGGUGGCUACUGGAGAUGGGAUGGCGAUGGCUCAUCGAGCUCAAGCUGUGAUCUCAAAUAUGGAAUUUGUGCAGUUUCAUCCUACUGCCCUAGCCGACGAAGGUCUUCCCAUCAAACUACAAACUGCUAGGGAAAACGCGUUCCUCAUCACCGAGGCGGUGAGAGGUGAUGGUGGCAUCCUCUAUAAUCUAGGAAUGGAGCGAUUCAUGCCUGUUUACGAUGAACGAGCUGAGCUUGCUCCAAGAGACGUGGUUGCAAGAAGUAUUGAUGACCAGCUUAAGAAACGAAACGAAAAGUAUGUGUUACUUGACAUAAGCCAUAAGCCAAGAGAAAAGAUUCUUGCCCAUUUCCCGAACAUAGCUUCUGAAUGUCUUAAACACGGUCUGGAUAUCACCCGUCAGCCUAUUCCGGUUGUCCCUGCAGCCCAUUACAUGUGUGGAGGAGUUCGUGCUGGUUUACAAGGCGAAACCAAUGUCCUUGGAUUGUUUGUAGCAGGUGAAGUAGCAUGUACAGGCCUCCACGGGGCAAAUCGUCUUGCUAGUAACUCGCUUUUAGAAGCUCUGGUUUUCGCGAGACGGGCUGUUCAGCCUUCGACUGAGCUCAUGAAACGCACAAGACUUGAUGUAUGCGCAUCAGAGAAAUGGACAAGGCCUGUUGUUGCGACAGCUAGAUUGCUAGGAGAUGAAGUAAUAGCAAAGAUUAUAGCUUUGACUAAAGAAGUGAGAAGAGAGCUUCAGGAGGUAAUGUGGAAGUAUGUUGGUAUUGUCAGAUCGACAAUUCGGCUCACCACUGCUGAGAGGAAAAUCGCAGAGCUAGAAGCAAAAUGGGAAACAUUUUUGUUUGAACAUGGAUGGGAACAAACAGUGGUAGCUCUUGAAGCUUGUGAGAUGAGAAACUUGUUCUGUUGCGCUAAGCUUGUGGUGAGCAGCGCGUUAGCUAGACAUGAAAGCAGAGGUCUUCAUUACAUGACAGACUUUCCUUUUGUGGAAGAAAGCAAGCGGAUUCCGACGAUUAUUCUACCGUCUUCUCCUACAACAGCUAGUUGGAGCUCAAGGCGGUUACAGAAUAUAAGUAGCAGCUCACUUAUUGAUUGCUAAAACUGCAGGAGUUUUUGUUCUUAUUUGAAUCCAAACCUCUCUGAUUAUUGUAUCAAUUUGAAAAAAUUUGGAUCUCAAAAGGAAUCUCUGAUUCUGACACUCUGUAAUACAAAAGGAAAUAAAUUAUUCAUUUGAGAUAUC